AAGCGGCCGUAGCAGAGGCUGAGGAGAUCAGCUAGGUCAGUCAGCUGGGCGUGUAGCAGACGACAGCGUUCCUGGACCACCACACGGGCGACAGGAGUGUCCUUCAACCUCUCCUUGUGGUAGACCUGGGGGUGACAGACAGUAGUCUGUGAAGGUCAAUUGAAUUUAGAGAGGACUAAGAACAUGACGACAAUGCGACUGACAGUGUUGCUACAGCUGUCACUGGUGAUGUGUGGCGUCCAGCACAGCUUGGGUCAGCUGGUCAAGACGGGUCAAUGUCCUUCGGUCAGCGUAAAACAAGACUUUGAUGUUAACAGGUAUCUGGGUACUUGGUACCAAUAUGCCACCUUCGGCACUCGGCUGUUCCAAGGCGAAGGUCGCUGUGUCACGGCUCGCUACACGUUAAACACCACUACUGGCGGCAUUGAUGUCUUCAACUCCCAGAUACCAAAAGAAGGAACCUUCCCAUCAAUGAGCAGUAUCAAAGGUACAGCAGAGCUUGCAGAUCCACAUAAUAUAGAGGGCAAGUUAAUUGUGACUUUCCCAGCUCCAGUUAUCAGGUCUAUAAGAGCUCCAUAUUGGGUGCUGGACACAGACUACGAUUCCUUUGCGGUUGUGUAUAGCUGUGUAGACGCCAGGUUAGCUCAUGCUCUUUCAGGAUGGAUCCUGACUAGAGUGCAGGACGUGGAUCACUCUCCCCAGGACAAGGCGAGGUUGGAGGCUAAGGUAGCCGAGGUACUGACCGAGGCCAACCUACCGAGGUCCUUGUUCGUGAUUACAGACCAAGGAAACUGUGACCGGUAGUGACCAGCAGAAAUACUUCACCAACUUAUCUCACUGUGCUCAUUUUUAUUUUGUUGAAUAAAAAGUAUAUUUUUACUGAAUUA